AUGGCGAUGGAUUCGAGCUCCGAGGGGAAGCUCCGAGUGAGCAAAUGCCACUAUGAGACUGGUCGCAAGAGACACCGGAUUCCGAAGUCGAUACCGAUUCCUUUCGAGACCUCCCUGCCCAUCCUAGCACCCGGCCAGAGCCACGAUUCCGAAGAUGAGAGCAUCGAGAAUGGCGCCCUUUCGGACGAGGUCGACCAGAAUGACGAGGCAGACAUGGUUGACGAUGCGAUGGUUGACGCUGAUGCCAUCAUGGUAGAGGGCCUGCCGUUUGCUUUGGUGGUCGAUAAUGACGAUCAGUGGGCAGACGAACCGUGGGUAGACGAUUUCGUAACCGAUACAGAUUCGGGGCUUAGUGUCGACCUCGAUGCCGAGAUGACCUCCUCUCCUCAGGAACAGGACGGCGCAUUCGAGGCUGAGGUUCCUCCGCGCGUCGCCACCUGGAGACUUAAUCUUACUGCGCUGUCACAGAUUUACAACAUGUAUAUCGUCGCGUACGCAGACAAGAUCUACAUCUCUCGGCCGCGCAGCUGCGUCACUAACGCUCUGCCUCCCGAGCCUGACCUAAUAUUGAUGCCCCGGGCGAGCAAGAUGGGUCGCGAAAUCGGGGGCUUCUUGGACGAUAGCUUCCCGCAUCAAGUCAACCAUCUCCUGGUCGGGGAGCUUGGAAACGAGGAAAUCCUAUUGCUUGCCUACGACGACGGUGACGUUAUCGGCUACUAUGUCCGACAUAUUGAGCAUGAGCUCUUGCGUCGUGAGGACGAGAGCCGGGGUACGAGGGCCGUCCCCGAGCCCUUCUUCCACGAGCAUGUCGGUAAAAGCGCUUGGGGGCUUGCGGUGCAUAAGCAGUCGCGUAUCAUCGCCGCAAGUUCCAACACCCACAAUGUCUACGUCUUCGUCUUUGCCUUGACCGGCGAGCCAUACCAACACCAUACCCAAGUCGACGCGCUCGAAUUGUUUAGGAAUACUGGGAAAGACGAGAACGGCAGAAUCCUAGCAUCCCCGACAGAUGCGGCCGAGUACGACUUAAAAGCUGCUCAGCAAGAAAGUGUGAUCCGACGUCGAGAUGCCAACUGGCGGAUUGUCCUAGAGACCGGCUCUGGCGGGGCCAACAUCCCCAAUGUUGCUUUUAGUAGCGACGCCGAUGGGGAAGCAGACAAAGUCGUAGCAGUAGAUAUUCACGGCAGACUCUGGCUAAUGGACAUCUGGAACUUCACCCCCGGCCCUCAUGUUAAGAUUGGGGGUCUUCACCGCGCCCAUCCGGCCCCCCACGGACCUUUCGGCGCUUUCCGUAGGCCCAGGGGUUGGGGCGUGCUCGUGUUGCCGGAAAGCAGUUUCUUGCCGACGGAUGAUUAUCAAGAUUCGAUCGGCAUACCAUACGGGGACGUCAAACACGCAUGCAACGAGAGAAUUGGACAGUGGAUGGAUAUUAGCAAAGGCCUCGCCAACGUGAGGAAUAACUCGACGGUUCAUCCGUGGGUGAGGUCGAACCACACCAAUCGGUUUAGCACCAACCCUCAUGAGCCGAGAAGGUCCCAAUUGGAAAGCCCGUGGUUCGACUUUGGACCCAACCCGGCACGGGCGAUGCCGGCCGGUCGCAAGGCGAGUCGGGGAGGGGUUUCUCUCGGGACGGCAGACGCUCCGCCGCCCAAGACGAUCCUAGGAGACGGCAGUAGUAUCAUGCGCACGUACGAGAUCGACAUCGAGCUUCGCAGUUUUGAAGAGGGCGGGGUUGGGAUCAUGUUUGAGAAAGCCAUCAGUCAAUCCCGGCCUCCGCAGGCGGUGCUUCCAUCCAUGAGGGUGUCGCACGAACGGCUGGCCAACCUCAUCCAUGUCCCAGAGCUGUCGUUAGUCGUGGCUGGCUCUCUUUGUGGACGGGUGGCGCUGCUGACCCUCACACGCCCGAAGCAGGAUUUGAACUUCAAGCGAGGCUUCAAGAUCGAGGCCAUCCUGCCAACGAAGUCGGAAGAGGACAGGCAGAUACGACCGAUCUGCCCAUUGCUGGGGGUCGCAGUCGCGCCGAUGCCGUUCUCGGGAAAUACAGAAUUAGCCGAAAAACCUCUCGGGCGAAGGCGGUACCGUCUCAUGAUUCACUACUACGAUCUCCGGGUUCUAAGCUACGAGAUCUCGCGGAGCUCUGCGACGGGCGGUAUCUCAGUUGUUUGA